AUGGGCCCACGUGGAACCCGUGGACAAACCCAUCUGGGGCCCAUGUUUCAAGCCCACAUGGGCCCCACCUUGCAGUGUUGGCUGCUUGGGCUAAAAAUAGAACAGACCACCCAUGUCACGCAUUCUGAAGACAACGUUGUGUAUCCUUUCCGUAUCGGGGUGCGAGCUUUGGUCAGAUCUUCUGUGCCGCUGGAUAAAGAUAAAGCCAACGCCAUUUUGCAGCAGGCCUACAGCGAGAAUCAGCAGUGGAAAGGAAAAACUCCCUCAGCUGGUAUGAGGAAGAAAUCGGGAAAGGAACCAGAUUCAGUAAACAACCGACUGACAGGCACUGAGAUUUCAUCAAGCACAACACCUACUACUCCAACCACUACACCUCCUACUCCAACCACUACACCUACUACUCCAACCACUACACCUCCUACUCCAACCACUACACCUACUACUCCAACCACUACACCUCCUACUCCAACCACUACACCUACUACUCCAACCACUACACCUCCUACUCCAACCACUACACCUCCUACUCCAACCACUACACCUACUACUCCAACCACUACACCUACUACUCCAACCACUACACCUACUACUCCAACCACUACACCUCCUACUCCAACCACUACACCUCCUACUCCAACCACUACACCUACUACUCCAACCACUACACCUACUACUCCAACCACUACACCUCCUACUCCAACCACUACACCUCCUACUCCAACCACUACACCUCCCACCUUUACCAGUACACCUCCCUCCACUACACCUCCCACCUUUACCAGUACACCUCCCUCCACUACACCUCCCACCUUUACCAGUACACCUCCCUCCACUACACCUCCCACCACUACCACAACACCUCCCACCUUUACCAGUACACCUCCCACCUUUACCAGUACACCUCCCUCCACUACACCUCCCACCUUUACCAGUACACCUCCCUCCACUACACCUCCCACCUUUACCAGUACACCUCCCUCCACUACACCUCCCACCUUUACCACAACACCUCCCACCUUUGCCAGUACACCUCCCACCUUUACCAGUACACCUCCCUCCACUACACCUCCCACCUUUACCAGUACACCUCCCUCCACUACACCUCCCACCACUACCACAACACCUCCCACAUUUACCAGUACACCCCCCACCUUUACCAGUACACCUCCCUCCACUACACCUCCCACCACUACCACAACACCUCCCACCUUUACCAGUACACCUCCCUCCACUACACCUCCCACCUUUACCAGUACACCUCCCUCCACUACCAGUACACCUCCCUCCACUACACCUCCCACCUUUACCAGUACACCUCCCACCUUUACCAGUACACCUCCCUCCACUACACCUCCCACCUUUACCAGUACACCUCCCUCCAAUACACCUCCCACCACUACCACAACACCUCCCACCUUUACCACAACACCUCCCACCUUUACCAGUACACCUCCCACCUUUACCAGUACACCUCCCUCCACUACACCUCCCACCUUUACCAGUACACCUCCCUCCACUACACCUCCCACCUUUACCAGUACACCUCCCUCCACUACACCUCCCACCACUACCACAAUACCUCCCACACUUACCAGUACACCUCCCACCUUUACCAGUACACCUCCCUCCACUACACCUCCCACCUUUACCAGUACACCUCCCUCCACUACACCUCCCACCUUUACCAGUACACCUCCCUCCACUACACCUCCCACCACUACCACAAUACCUCCCACCACUACCACAACACCUCCCACCUUUACCAGUACACCUCCCACCUUUACCAGUACACCUCCCUCCACUACACCUCCCACCUUUACCAGUACACCUCCCUCCACUACACCUCCCUCCACUACCACAACACCUCCCACCUUUACCAGUACACCUCCCUCCACUACACCUCCCACCACUACCACAACACCUCCCACCUUUACCAGUACACCUCCCUCCACUACACCUCCCACCUUUACCAGUACACCUCCCUCCACUACACCUCCCACCACUACCACAACACCUCCCACCUUUACCAGUACACCUCCCACCUUUACCAGUACACCUCCCUCCACUACACCUCCCACCUUUACCAGUACACCUCCCUCCACUACACCUCCCACCACUACCACAACACCUCCCACCUUUACCAGUACACCUCCCUCCACUACACCUCCCACCACUACCACAACACCUCCCACCUUUACCAGUACACCUCCCUCCACUACACCUCCCACCUUUACCAGUACACCUCCCUCCACUACACCUCCCACCACUACCACAACACCUCCCACCUUUACCAGUACACCUCCCACCUUUACCAGUACACCUCCCUCCACUACACCUCCCACCACUACCACAAUACCUCCCACACUUACCAGUACACCUCCCACCUUUACCAGUACACCUCCCUCCACUACACCUCCCACCUUUACCAGUACACCUCCCUCCACUACACCUCCCACCUUUACCAGUACACCUCCCUCCACUACACCUCCCACCACUACCACUACACCUCCCACCUCUACCAUUACACCUCCCACCACUACCACUACACCUCCCACCUCUACCACAACACUUCCCACCACUACCACUACACCUCCCACCUUUACCAGUACACCUCCCUCCACUACACCUCCCACCUCUACCACUACACCUCCCUCCACUACACCUCUCACCUCUACCACUACACCUCCCACCUCUACCACAACACUUCCUACCACUACACCUCCCACCUUUACCAGUACACCUCCCUCCACUACACCUCCCACCUCUACCACAACACCUCCCACCUCUACCACUACACCUGCCACCUCUACCACAACACUGCCCACCACUACACCUCCCACUUCUACCACAACACCUCCUACCACUACCACUACACCUCCCACCAUUACCAGUACACCUCCCUCCACUACACCUCCCACUUCUACCACAACACCUCCCACCUCUACCACUACACCUCCCACCACUACCACUACACCUCCCUCCACUACAUCUCCCACUUCUACCACAACACCUCCCACCUCUACCACUACACCUCUCACCAUUACCACAACACCUCCCACCUUUACCAGUACACCUCCCACCACUACACCUCCCACCUCUACCACUACACCUCCCACCAUGACCACUACACCUCCCACCUCUACCACAACACCUCCCACCUCUACCAGUACACCUCCCACCACUACACCUCCCACCACUACACCUCCCACUACCAGUACACCUCCCACCAUGACCACUACACCUCCCACCACUACACCUCCCACCUCUACCACUACAACUCUGAAAACUACACCUCCCACCACUACCACUACACCUCCCACCUCUACCACUACACCUCCAACCACUACCACUAUACCUCCCACCUCUACCACUACACCUCCAACCACUACCACUACAACUCCCACCUCUACCACUACACCUCCCAUCUCUACCACUACACCUCCCACCAUGACCACUACACCUCCCUCCUCUACCACAACACCUCCCACCUCUACCACUACACCUCCCACUACCACUACACCUCCCACCACGACCACUACAUCUCCUACCACUACAACUCCCACCUCUACCACUAUAACUCCGAAAACUACACCUCCCACCUCUACCACUACACCUCCCACCUCUACCACUACACCUCCAACCACUACCACUACACCUCCCACCACUACAACUGAGAACACAACAACUCCAACAACCAACACCACUUCACCUCCCAACUCUACAACAACAACACCAAAUACAACUCACGGCAUAUCAUCCCCAACCUCUACACCUUUUACACCUUAUACACCUUCCUCAACACCUUUUACAAUGUUUCCUUUCCGUGUCGGGGUGCGAGCUUUGGUCAGAUCUUCUGUGGCGCUGGAUAAAAAUCAAGCCAAUGCUAUUUUGCAGCAGCUCUGGGCUCAUUGGUCUUCCCUCAUGGAAAUAAUUCUGAAUUUAUCUAUGAAGCUUUCUGGGCUACUCUAGAUGAAAAGAACGUAUCGUCCACAACCUCUACACCUUCUACACCUUCCACAACACCUUCUACACUUUCCACAACACCUUCUACAAUGUAUCCUUUCCGUAUCGGGGUGCGAGCUUUGGCCAGAUCUUCUGUGCCGCUGGAUAAAGAUAAAGCCAACGCCAUUUUGCAGCAGUACAUAUCGACGCUACAAUCAAGCUACAACAUCAGGGGCAACGUAACAAGCAUUAAGCGGGUAUGAAGUAUGAAAAGUUGCGUCAGAAGAAGGUUUUGAAAAUUUUCAAGGCCGUCGAUCUCCUUUUUGUAUUUUGUUGUUUUUCUGAAUAAUUGCUUUUGCAGUUCCUUUGAGAUUAUAAUUUAAAGGUAUAGUAAAUGUACCUUUGAUUGGAUUGUCAAUAAUGAACGAAGCAACAAUGUUAAUUUGAAUGAAUGAAAUGCAGAAAUGAGAAAACUGUUUUUUUGUUUCUUGAAAUAAAAUUCUUAAUAGUG